AUGGCACGUUCCGCCCGGCAGAGAUAUGCCGAGAUAUUUCGGGAUGUCGAGGAUCUAAUCAUUGACACCAUCAACCGCCAAUUCUCUUCGCAUCCCAGAUCGAAGCUCAAUAUGUUGGUCCCGACAAUUUCAGCCUUCUUCACACCGCUUGCUCUUGAAGACGCCUUCUACUACCAAGAUUCCCUCAGGGCGAUAUCAUCGCGCCGCUUUGUCGCCCCGUCGUUCAAUGAUAUCCGGCUGAUUCUGAACACCGCUCAAAUCAUGGCGAUGAUCCAGCCGAAACCUUACCGGUCAUUGAAACCGAACAUCAAGGCAGGCUUGGAGUUGCUUACGUUCGAUGGUGAUGUGACCUUGUACGAGGACGGAGCAUCUCUGCAUUCACCAGAGUCGGAUCCCGUGAUUCACCGCCUCCUCCAUUUUCUAUCUCAAGGAGUGCGCAUUGGCAUUGUCACGGCUGCAGGCUAUACUCAGCCGAAGAAUUACUUUGACCGGCUAUCCGGUCUACUCCUGGCUGUUCAAUCGUCGACGGAACUAACAACUCAACAAAAGUCCAAUCUCAUCAUCAUGGGCGGCGAGUCGAAUUUUCUUUUAGUGUUUGACGAGACCGCUGAGUACUGUCUACGCUAUAUCCACCGACGCGAGUGGGUGUUAGAUGCCAUGAAAACUUGGUCUGAGCCAGCAAUUCAAUCGCUGCUGGAUGUGGCAGAAGCGGCCUUCCAUUCCUGUAUCAGGACUCUUCAUUUGCAAGCCAAGGUGCUUCGUAAAGAACGAGCAGUAGGAAUCUAUGCGGCCGAUCAAUCAAAGAAACUUACUCGUGAGCAGCUGGAAGAGACGGUGCUGGUGGUGCAGCAAGUGGUGGAGAGUUCACUGGUCUACGAUAAGGAGACGGAGCCACCGCCAGCUCAUGCCCACAUUCCUUUCACGGUGUUCAACGGAGGUGCGGAUGUCUUCCUUGACGUGGGCGACAAAUCUAUGGGUGUCCAGUCAUGUCAGAAGUGGUUCGGAGGGAUCGCACCGUCGAGUACUCUUCACGUUGGGGAUCAGUUCCUGAGUGGCGGAGGAAACGACUUCAAGGCGCGGAGUGCUUGUUGUUGCGCCUGGAUUGCCAGUCCGGCUGAGACAGUGACACUUCUGGAUGAGAUGAUAGCUCUGGGCAAGGCUCAGAGGUGA